AAAUGAAGCUCUGUCGCUGAAAGCCUCAAACCACUUGGCGUGCUUUGGCUUCCUUCUCUUGGUUCUCUGCACAUAUUCUUAUGCCUUUUCUUCAAUUCUUAUUAAAUCCCACUCGAUUCAACCUCUUCUACAAUACAUUUGGAGGUAAUUCUCAAAUCUCAGUAGCUACAGAGAAAAUUUUUCUUCGAAAUUUUUGGGGUAACCAUCAAAGGAUGACGCUUUCGUCCAGUGAAACCUCUGUUGACAGUAAAAGUUGCCUUUCAAAACUUGCUCCGUUGCAAGCAGUGUUGUUCGAUGUUGAUGGAACUCUAUGUGAUUCAGAUCCCCUCCAUCACUAUGCCUUCAGGCAAAUGCUUCAAGAGAUUAAGUUCAAUGGCGGGGUCCCAAUUACUGAGGAAUUCUUCAUCGAAAAUAUUGCUGGAAAGCAUAAUGUGGAGAUUGCCUCGCGUCUCUUUCCUGAUGAUGUGCAACAAGGUUUGAAAUUCAUUGAAGAUAAGGAAGCCAUGUUUCGAAGGUUGGUCCCUCAACAAUUGACACCUAUAAAUGGUCUAUAUAAACUGAAGAAAUGGAUUGAAGAUCGUGGGCUCAAAAGGGCUGCAGUUACUAAUGCUCCCAGGCUAAAUGCUGAACUCAUGAUAUCAACCCUCGGCCUCUCAGAUUUCUUUGAGGCUGUCAUCAUUGGUGAUGAUUGUGAGCACGCCAAACCACAUCCAGAACCCUACUUGAACGCUCUUGAAGUGCUCAAGGUUUCAAAGGAUCACACAGUCAUUUUCGAGGAUUCUGUUUCUGGUAUAAAAGCUGGAGUAGCAGCUGGGAUCCCUGUUGUUGGUUUAACCACCAGAAAUCCGGAACAUUUGCUGAUGGAAGCAGAACCUACCCUUCUCAUCAAGGACUAUGAAGAUCCGAAAUUGUGGGCAGCUUUGGAAGAGCUCGAUAAGAAGGGAGGUGUAGAGACAGCUGCCAACUAAAUGUUAUAAGUUUCCGCACUUGGUAUGAAGCUGAUAGAUCUCUUCAGCAACAAUUCAGUUGAAUAAAUCUGUUCAAGAGCGGUCUCUAUAUUCCCCUCGACGAGUUGUCAGACAUUUGAUGUCAUGUUAGUUUAGUCAAUUAAUUGACGUUAAAUUGGUUUAUGGGCAGGCAUAUAAGCUAAUCGGCCCUUGUACUGACCAGAUUUAUGGUUAACAAUAUAUGAUUUGAGGAAUAAAAUUAUAUGAUUUAGGAA